CGGAAAAGGAAGGAACUGACUGCUGGAACGCCGGCAGUGACCGCGGCGACAGCGGUGACCCAGUGAGAGGAAGGCAACGGCGAGGGCGGUUGGUCAUUAUCCUCAGUAUCCUGGCUGGCGGUUAGAAGCGGUGCCGGCGGCCUAGGGCAACCCUGGGGUGUACUCAGGUGUCGAAGGUAGUGCCGGCAGUAACCGCUGGACAUUUAAAAUUGCUUAGAGUCAACACUUUGAUUCCAGCCAUGGGUUUGUCAGCAUCUACUCCUACUGCUGCAGUUGAGACCUCAAAUGUUUCAGAUCAUCAGACAGUAUCUCCACCUUCAAGAUGCCCAAUGCAUAAAAGGAAAAGUCAAGGCUGUCCAAUAAGCGUGGAACCAUCUGGUCCAACUAGUGACAGCAAAACAUACCCUGUGCCUGCCCACCAGGAUCAAGCAUACCAGUACGUGGGAUGCCCCUUUGCAAGUGCUCAGGCCAAUAAGAAGAACCUGGAUCCUUCAAAUCUGAUGCCACCACCUAAUCAAACACCAUCCCCAGAUCAGCCGUUUGCUUUGUCUACUAUCAGAGAAGAAUCAUCCAUUCCAAGAGCAGACUCUGAGAAAAAGUGGGUUUAUCCUUCUGAGCAGAUGUUCUGGAAUGCAAUGUUAAGGAAAGGGUGGAAGUGGAAGGAUGAGGAUAUUAGUCAGAAAGAUAUGUAUAAUAUCAUUAAGAUUCACAAUCAGAAUAAUGAACAGGCCUGGAAGGAGAUUUUGAAGUGGGAAGCCCUUCAUGCUGCGGAGUGUCCUUGUGGUCCAUCAUUGAUCCGAUUUGGAGGGAAGGCAAAACAGUAUUCACCAAGGGCAAGAAUUCGUUCCUGGAUGGGGUAUGAGUUGCCUUUUGACAGGCAUGACUGGAUCAUCAACCGCUGUGGGACGGAAGUUAGAUAUGUGAUUGAUUACUAUGAUGGUGGUCAAGUGAACAAGGACUACCAGUUCACCACCCUGGAUGUGCGUCCCGCCUUAGAUUCAUUUUCAGCUGUAUGGGACAGAAUGAAGGUCGCUUGGUGGCGCUGGACUUCAUAACCAGUUUUGUUUGUGAUGGAAAAACAAACUUGUUUUUUUCCUGAGAGGUACAUUAAACUAUUUCCCCUAAAUUCCAUUCAUGUUGUAAGGAGAACUUGAAGUGGGCAGUCACACUUCAUCCUUCACUUAGUGAGGGAUACCAUGUUCUAGUAACCUUUGAGUCACAUUUUGCCUUGCAGUUUAUAGCAGACCAUUUUAAGUUUUCCUCCCAUUUCAUGUAAGUGGGAGGCAGUCCCUUGGAUUUUCCUUUAACUGCACUGUUGCCUGUGUAGUUCAUCUUAAAAAGUUUUAACCUCUGUAAAAGAGCUUUUGAAAAACACUGAAAGUUGUCUUGUUUUUUCAUAAAUGAGAUGUAAAACCUGAAAGUGCAAUGUUCAUGAGCUUUUACUUGGACAAAUAUUUUAACUAAAACUUAGCAAUAAGACAGUUAUGCUUUUUAAAAAAUGACCAGCACUUAUGAAUUUCCUACAAUUUAUUAGCACCUCUCAAAAAAAUGCAAGAGUAUACAUACACUGGAAAGGUAUUCAGCAAGAAUAAGCAUGUCUUUCCUCUCCAAAUUCUCAUUUAUAAGAAUUUUUCAGACUGUACCUGUUACAGAAAUUUCAACUCACCAUGAAGUAACACUGCAUAUAUUUUGGAACAUAUAUUUUAACUUUUAAGUUUUUCCUUUUAAUUCCUAUAAUUCUAAUAUGUAAGUCAGUUUCCCAAGAAAGAGUCCCAUUCCUUCCCGGGAGGGGAGCUUUCCUUCCAAUUGGCCUAAUCCAAACCCUGAGAGCCUAGCUUAAAUCACAGCACCAGUGCUGAUCCCUCUCUAAAACAUCAUUUAUUUGGCUGUGUGUUAAAAUUCACCAAGAAGAGUACCUUUUCUCAGAUGUAGAGUAUUUGCAUCAAUUCAGUGUGGAUUUUUUGUUUUAGGGAACCUCUAAAUUUGCUGUUGGAAUUCUUUGUUUCAGUAACCCAUGGACUGGUUCUAACUAUAGCAGCAUGUUACAAAUGACUGGUUUUUCUUCAGUGUUCGUGAUGUUAAAUCUUUCAUUUAUCUUGAAUACUUAGUGUUAAAUUAUUAGAUGGAAUUGGCAGUCUGAGUGAUUGACUUGGUGUGGAUUUCUCUGUUAUGUCAGUUCUGUGUGGAGGUUCAAAAAUGCAACAACCUUAAGUUGUACGUGUCAGAAUAUUUAUAUAUUUUUAAAUAAAGCUGAUAGUUCUCGGGU